CUCAAAGAGUCAAGGACCCCCCUCCAAUAAGCUAUAAGCUCAUUCAUAACAUCUCAAUACACAAAAUCUCACAAAAACAAAAUCAUUUUAAAAACCGCGUUUUCUUUUCAUCUUUUUAUUGAUUGAUGCAAAAGCCGUCAGUUUUGAAGGAAAAUUCCCAGACCUUUCGUUGAAUGUUCUAACCUUAUUUCCAAAACACCAAUAAAUCCAAUAAUAAAGGUUCUAACUAUUUUUCCCGCUCUCUUUUUUAACCAUAGAGUUGUAGUUGUAGUUGUAGUUAUAGUGUCUAUUGUCAAGUCGGCGAGUGGCCGAUAGCAUGUAUUGCCAUUGAGUUUUAAUAAUAAUAAUAAUAAUAAUAAUAAUUCGAAUCGACGAUUCAGGUUUUUUUUACUUGGAUGAGAUAAGAGAUUUAUAAUUAUUGCAUCUGGGAUUUUUAUUUUUGUUUUAUUGUUUGUUCAGAUCCAUUGUUGAUUUAUAAAGGGAAGGGACAAAAAAAAAAAAAAAAAAAAAAAAGAAUGCAGACAAGAUAUAUGGAAAGAUCGAAUAGUAUGGGUGGUGGAGGUGGAGGUGGAGGUGGUGGUGGUGGGAGAGAGAAGAGAGCUUUGGAUUCAAACUCAACUGCUGCUGAUGAAGAUGGUCAACCUGAUCGCAAAAGACCUGCUUUAGCUAGUGUGAUUGUGGAAGCCCUGAAGGUGGAUAGUUUGCAGAGGCUCUGCUCAUCCUUGGAACCCAUUCUUCGAAGAGUUGUUAGUGAAGAAGUUGAACGUGCUUUGGCAAAGUUGGGGCCUGCAAGGCUUGUUGGAAACGGAAGGACUUCUCCCAAGCGGAUAGAAGCACCUGAUGGAAGAAACUUGCAGCUUCAUUUUAGAAGUAGGCUUUCUCUACCCCUUUUUACUGGAGGAAAAGUAGAAGGCGAGCAAGGAGCUGCAAUCCACAUUGUGUUAAUUGAUGCAAAUAGUGGGCAACUUGUCACAACGGGUCCAGAAUCAUCUGCGAAACUGGAUAUUGUUGUGCUUGAAGGUGAUUUCAAUGAUGAAGAUGAUGCUGAUUGGACUCAAGAAGAUUUUGAAAGUCAUUUGGUGAAAGAGCGUGAAGGAAAGAGGCCCCUUUUAACUGGAGAUGUGCAAGUGACACUGAAAGAAGGUGUAGGAACCCUUGGAGAACUGACAUUCACUGAUAAUUCAAGCUGGAUAAGAAGCAGACAGUUCAGAUUAGGUCUGAAGGUUGCCGCAGGUAAUGAUGAAGUUGUUCGUAUACGUGAAGCAAAGACAGAAGCUUUUACUGUCAAGGAUCAUAGAGGGGAAUUGUAUAAAAAACACUAUCCUCCUGCACUAAAUGAUGAAGUCUGGAGAUUAGAGAAGAUUGGGAAAGAUGGGGCUUUUCACAAGAGAUUGAAUAAAGCUGGUAUAGUUAGUGUUGAAGAUUUCUUGCGGUUCGUUGUCAGAGAUCCACAGAGAUUGCGAAAUAUACUAGGGAGUGGCAUGUCAAACAAGAUGUGGGAUGCACUUGUGGAGCACGCAAAGACGUGCGUACUUAGUGGAAAGGUUUUUAUCUACUAUCCCGAUGGUCCACAAGGAGUUGGUGUAAUCUUCAACAGCAUUUAUGAGUUUAUUGGCUUAUUUGCUGGUGGUCAGUACUACUCAACUGAUUCGCUUUCGGACACUCAGAAGGUCUAUGCGGAUUCCUUAAUAAAGAAAGCAUAUGAGAACUGGAUGCAUGUUGUGGAAUAUGAUGGUAAGUCUCUCUUGAGCUUAAAACAGAGCACUAUUGAAGAUUCUUCGAGGACUGAAGCAUCAAUUUCGCAACCAAACCCCAAUUUCUACAACCAUCAACUCUCGCUACCCAGUUUACCUGUUGCUCCUCCUGUGGAGCAGCCUUCUGUGGAUCCUGGUCUCAAGAUGGGAGGUUUACAUGAUACAAUGGGUACAAGAUAUUCUGCAAAGUCACAAACAAUGAACCUUAAUGGAUCUGCACAAUUUGAUGCCACCUCAUUUUUGCCUCCAAAUCAAUUUAUGGGCUCUUCGGGUCUAAGCCAACUUAGAAACAAUAAUGCAUUGUCUCUUGGAUCAGCACAGCCAUCCUUCUCUGGAAUGCAGCCUGUUGGAACCACCAACUUUGCUGAUUAUCGAGGAAGUGAGAACUUACUAUCAGAGGAUGAAAUCCGCAUUAGAAGCAAUCAGAUGCUUGAACACGAAGACAUGCAACAUUUGCUUCGCCUCUUUGGGAUGGGUGGUAGUCAUCAAGCUCAAACUCCUGUUGUUGCUGAAGAAGCAUACCCGUAUCCGGCAGGUUAUGCACCAUCACCAGCAAUCAACUUCAAUUUUGAUGAGGAUAGAGGCCGCUCUUCUGGGAAAGCAGUUGUGGGAUGGCUCAAGCUUAAAGCGGCCCUUCGAUGGGGAAUAUUUGUCAGGAAGAAGGCUGCUGAGAGACGAGCUCAACUUGUUGAGUUGGAUGAUACAUAGAUGUGAACCCCUACUAAGAUUGCCGUGCUUUAUUUACAAAUAGCUGCCCGGUUCAUCCCACUUUGCUUAUGUCCUACAAAUGCUCAUCACAGGCGAAAUUUCAAAACUUUGUUUGAAUUUUAUAGUGGGAUGAUGCCUGCUUUCUUGACUAGCUUGGUUAUGGAUCCUUGAUGAUAAAAGGGCAUCAAGCUCAGUUGAGAUGCUAUUGCAGAAGAGACUUACGUUAAAGAUACUUUCUGCGAUAAUGGGAGGGUUAGAGGUCUUUCCCUGGAUAUCUCCAUGGACAUACCUCCAUUAAGGUCUUUAAAAUAAGAGGCCUGUUAUAUCUUCAAUUUUUUCCUUGUGUACUUGUAGUUUGUAUCAUGACUUGUUAGAUGAGGUCUAACAUAACAAAAUCCGUUGUAUUUAUUAUUUAACGCAGCAAUAACUGUCAGUGGUAGUUGGCUUGAUUACCAACCAGAUUGAAUUUCAUGCUUGAAUGAAUUUUUCAUUUGUUUUUGAA